AUGGCCAAUCUUCCUCAUAGAACGAAAUCGAGGCCAGUGCCGAGUCUGACACAAGAAAUGACUAUGGAGAUACUUUCCCACUUGAGUGUGAAGGACCUGCUACGUUACAGGUCCGUAUGCAAGGCAUGGCGCACACUCAUCGACAGUCCUUCUUUCAUCCGUAUGCAACUCAAAUGUUCAAAACUCGGACUGUUCAUCAAUGGCCAACAAAACUUGUACUGGCUCGACCUUGACACACUCGACUCGGUCGACCGAUUGGGGGAAAGCAUAGUCUCCUUAAUGCCACCACCAGACACGGGUUACAUGGGUUGCUGUAAUGGCCUGAUAAUAGCCACGGACGACACGAUCUGUAACCCAUCUACAAGAAACUACAUGAAGUUAUCACCAUUGUCAAUGGUGAUCGGAUUUGGUUACGAUCCUCUAAUCGAUGACUAUAAGCUAGUAAUUGAGGCCCCUCUAUGUGGUACACAGCUCCAUUGUGUGAAGGCCAAGACUUGGAAAAAGCUUAGUUGUAGCGAUGCUUUCUCAAAGAACUAUGGUUAUCACUCAGGGCAUGCUUUUGUUGAGAAUCGUUUGUAUUGGAUGGUGUGGUCAAAGGCUAGCUGUACGCGUUUUAUUUUCUCCUUGGAUCUUCAGACUGAAAAACACAGCACUUUAGCGUUUCCAUUUGAUACAAAAACAACUUGCGUGUUUGGACCGGUGGAAUUCGAAGGCUGCAUUUGUGUGGUUCGCUGUGACACCAAAGCGACGAACCUUCCAUGGAGUUUUGAGAUAUGGGGGAUGAGAGAUCACAAAGAGUGUGAUUGUAGUUGGACUAUGCUGUUCUCGUUGGUGGCUCAUGAUAGUGACUCUUUCUAUUAUGUUCUCCCUUUGAAAUAUUAUAAGACUACCAAUCAGAUUCUCUUGAAGAUCGGCUACAAACUCUUUCUGUAUGAUUUGAAAACCAACACAUAUGAACCUCUAAAUGUCCCAUUUUUGGCUAAGUAUGAACGUGUAGGUGCAUUUCUUGGUGUGCAAAGCCUUGUUGGAUUUUGA